ACGUCCAUAACUUUUAUUUUCCAUAAAAUAAAUAAAUAAAGAUAAAUAUUAAACAAUCCCUCUAAAAUAUACAAAACUCGACUCAAUCACUUGUGCUGUGGCUUUCUGCUCCAAUACAAAUAAUUCAUUUAAAUAAUGUGUAAAUCAUUCUAGCCUUGUAAAUGACAUUACAUGCAUCGUUAACAAUGAACUAUAGUAAAGCUGUAACUUUUUGGAUGAACGCUAUAUUUUCGAGACCAUUGUUCAGGCGCGAAUCGACUCGUCCGAAUCUUUCGAAAGGAAUCGGAUCCGAAUAAGAUUCAUCGCGCUUGUAACUUCUCUCCGGCGUUGCAUCAGCGUGUUCGUGCCGUCUGGGCUUCAAACGCGAAUGCUGCAGUGCGCGUGGAGAAUAAAUCCGUUCGUCAAAUGCCUAACAUAGACGUCGCACAGAGAUGGUCGAUAUAAAUGCGCGUUAUGCACGCGCCGGUGUCUGCAAAAUCGAGAUGCUAGGUGUCGCUUUAAAAUAAAAGCGUGCAUUAGCGAGCUGCAGAGGAACCACGUGAGAGCGAAGGACAGUUACAAAAGCACCCGCAGAUCUAAAUCACCCACAGCCUUCACUGGACACGACAGGGCUGCGUCGUGCAGUCACUUAACAGAAACUGAUAAUACUGUCAUGAACGUUUAUGAUGACUAGACCGGAUGCAUUUCGCAGAUUUCCUUGCAGGAUCACUUGGAGGAGCGUGUGGUGUGGCGGUCGGUUAUCCUCUGGACACGGUCAAAGUACACUUGUUUUUAUCAAAUGCUGUAUUAUAUUUAAGGGCGUCACCUCCUGACCCUGAAUGUGUCGGUUUGACCCCCGCACAGGUCAGAAUACAAACUCAGAAACAGUUCAGUGGAGUCUGGCACUGCAUCGUGACCACCAUCGAGAAAGAAGGGGUCCAUGGCUUCUUUAAGGGAAUGGCUCUGCCCGUCACUACUAUAUCCAUGACGUCCUCGGUGGUGUUCGGCACGUACCGGAACUGUCUGCGGUGUUUGGCUCAGAUCCGCGGGGUCGGCGCUCCCAACACCAAGCUCGACGUGUUCCUGUCAGGCCUGGCAGCUGGAGUAGCACAGACCUGUGUAAUGUCGCCAGGUGAUACGGUGAAGGUCCGUCUUCAGUGUCAGAUGGAGAGCGGGAGAAGCGGACUCAAACCCAAAUACAGCGGUCCGAUCCACUGUCUGCUGAGCGUCGUCCGAGACCAGGGUGUUUCAGGACUUUACAGAGGAGCUCUUCCCCUGGCCUUCAGAGACGGCCCGUCAUUCGCCACCUACUUCUUGACCUACAGCAGUCUGUGUUCACUUCUCACGCCUGAAGGACAGAACGAGCCAGCGUGGUCAGCGGUGCUGCUGUCCGGUGGAUUAGCGGGAAUGAGCGGCUGGUUUGUCGGGACACCUAUGGACGUGAUCAAAGCUCGACUGCAGAUGGAUGGAGUCGGAGGUGAGAGGAGAUACGGAGGACUUCUUCACUGCCUGAGCGAGACCGUCCGGAGCGAAGGGCCGGGGAUCUUCUUCAGAAGCCUGGGAAUAAACUGCCUGCGAGCGUUUCCCGUCAACAUGGUGGUGUUUGCCGUGUACGAGCUUUCUGUCCGAGUCCUGCGGUCAGCGUCUGAGAAACCACUCUAACCAGUGUUUCUCAUAAACCUCUCAAGACCACGUCCCAUACAUAUCUUACCUA